AUGAGUGAUUCGAUUGGAGAUGUUGCGUCCUUGAAGUAUUUAGAACGUACAAAUCUAGAUGAAUCACUGUAUGAUCUGGACGCCAACGAGUUGCGAUUUUUCCAGCUAGCUACUGAUAUCAGAGACCCAGCUGAAAUCAAGCAACACAUCCUUUCAAUCCAGGCCGAGGCAUUCAAGGCAGAUAUUUCCAUAUCCUUGUAUACGCUAUUUCAUGUUUACCAAGUCACCCGGUACCCUGUAUAUGCGCAUGUCUUAGAUUAUGGGCGUACACAUGCCGGUGCAAUAUUCUUGGAAAUGGCAUGCUGUUUUGGGAACGAUGCUCGGAAGGCUGCGUUGGAUGGGUAUCCUUUGGAGAAUAUUGUUGCGACAGAUUUGCGUCGAGACUUUUGGGACCUUGGAUUCAAGUUGUUUAAAGAUGAUCCAGCGCUAUUCCCCGUCCCGUUUCUAGAGGGCGAUAUUUUCUCAUCGCAGUUGCUGGAUCUUGAUGCACCCCGCCCAACCGAACGGCCAAAGGUACCACAUCUGAAGACCUUGACCGAGCUCUUGGGCCGCGUCUCUAUAAUUCAUGCCUCGGCAUUUUUCCACUUAUUUUCUGAAGAAAAUCAAAAGAAGCUUGCCGAGAGAUGCGUUGCUCUUCUUAACAUGGAGCCAGGAUCAACCAUAUUUGGUUCGCAUAACGGUGCCCCAGAGCCUGGGGUAUACACUGGUAUUGGCGCCCCGGAUCGGGAGAUGUUUUGCCAUUCCCCCGAAAGUUGGCGAAAGUUAUGGAUAGAGCUUUUUGGUGAUCGAAGGAUCAACGUCAUGGCUACACUUGAAGGCGGCGAGGCCGGGGCGAAACUCAAACUGAAACCCAUAAGAAACGUAAAGCUAGUAACAGGUGAUCUAAACGAUAUCCAACAACUGCGAAAAGUUUUCGAGGACGCAAGGUCCGAUCCUUCGUAUGCUAUAUGGGGUGUAUUUGUUGCCUUGGAGUUUCCAGGGCUGGGCGUAAAUACAGAGGGCGAGGAAAGGCAGGGCAAGAAUAUCGCGACUGUUGCUUGGGAGUUCCGAGUCCAAUCGUAUAUAUUCUCGUCUGCAGUGAUGGCCUCCUUCCCUGAGGAUAAACCGCCCAUACCUGGGACAGAUCACUAUGCCAAGAUGUCAAUCGAAAAGCAUGUAUCUUCCUUGGAUAUACCAUGGACUAUCGUUCGUAUCGGGUUUCUGAUGGAGAACUUCAACACCUCGAUUGCUGGUAGAUUCACCAACGCAGCAAUUCAGUAUUGUAUGUCACCAGAGGUCAAACUUCAGCUUACUGCUGUUGAUGACGUUGGGCGAUUCAGUCGGCUUAUUUUUGAUAAUCCUUUGGAAUUCAAUCGGGAGACCAUUAACGUUGCCAUAGAGGGUCUCAAAGCAGAAGAAUUAAAUCAAGUUUUUAUUCAAGCGACUGGGUAUGAUAUACCGAGCGUGCCUAGGUUCGUCAUGACCGCCGUCUACUGGCUAAACCAUGAUGUCAGAAGCGUAAUCGAAGGCUUUGUCCAAGCCGACGACCUAAGAAAAACAGAUCUCGAGGGGUACAAUGCAAAUAUCCAAAAGGCCGCGGGCCAUAUGAAACUGACGACCUUUGAGGAGUGGGCUCAAAGGUUUAGUCAAAUGACUCCAGACAAAGUGAAUGAGCAUCAAAUAACAGUAUGGGGAUUACUUACUGGAAAGGCCUGA